AUGGCCAACAUGUUCGGCGCCCUCAACCGCUUCAUCUCCCGCCUCGACUCCGACCCCAACGCCAUCCCCACCACCAAAGGCUCCCCCUCCACCCAACUCCCCAGCACCUACGGCUUCCAAGUCCUCCGUAACCCUGACCAAAAUAUACCAUUAGACCCCUGGUUCGACUUCCUCAUCGGCAUCAACGGCCGCACAAUCGACAACCCAGACCCCAACCUCCUAGCCCAGGAAAUCCGCAACUGCGCCGGCUCGACCAUCAGUCUCGGCGUGUACGGGACGAAAGGCAGCUCGAUCCGGGAAAUCUACGCCACGGUCCCGCCGGACGGCGCAGGGCUGGGACUGAGUCUGCAGUGGGCCCCUCUCGCUUUAGGGGAGGACGUCUGGCACAUUUUAGACGUGAUGCCGAAUUCCCCCGCCGACGUCGCCGGGUUGCUGCCGUACGGAGACUACGUGAUCGGCAGCCCUGAGGGCGUUCUCCGCGGUGAAGGGGCGCUCGGGGAGCUGGUGGAGCGGUGGUUGGAGCGGGGGUUAAGGCUGUUUGUGUAUAAUCAUGAGUACGACGUUACGCGCUUGGUCACGAUUACGCCGUCACGGGCUUGGGGCGGCGAUGGCGCGUUGGGGUGUGUGUUGGGGUAUGGGGCGUUGCAUCGGGUUCCCGCGCCGCUGACGGAGCCGGCGCAGGGCCCGGGGGAGACGUUGUUUGAGAGUGGGAAUGAGUAUUCGCUGCCGCAGCCGGGUGGGGAGGAAGCUGUGAGUGAGGGGCAGGGGGGGCAGGAGUUUUUGGUGCCGGCGAAUAUGCAGGUGCCGUCUACGUCUCCGCCGCCGCCGACGAGUGGCGGUGGUCCGCCGCCUGCUGGCAAAGCGAGGAAGCAACGGGCGCAUCACUCUGCUGUGCCGGCUGCUGGACUGGACGACUAUUUCGCGGAAGGCGAGCAAAAGUCGCGAGAGCUGGAGGGAGACAAGUCACCGAAGCCGACUGGGAAUUUACCACCGCCGCCACCAAAGGGUGGACCUCCGAAGGUUGCAUCGCCUGCCCCGUCUACAGAGUGA